AUGGCCGACAUCACCGCCGUCGGUGAAGAGAACCCUUCUCCCACCCAGGACGACCUGCAGCAGGCCGCCGGUAACGGCGCCGCUGACAACCGCGGCACCAAACGCUCUCGCAUGAGCGCUGCCGACGACGACGAUGACGAUGAUGACAAGCCGGGUCGCGAGCGCAGAAAGAUCGAAAUCAAGUUCAUUCAGGAUAAGUCGCGUCGCCACAUCACCUUCUCCAAGCGGAAGGCGGGUAUCAUGAAGAAGGCAUAUGAACUUUCCGUCCUCACUGGUACUCAAGUACUGCUUUUGGUCGUGUCUGAGACCGGUCUCGUGUAUACUUUCACCACCCCUAAGCUCCAACCAUUGGUGACCAAACCGGAGGGCAAGAACCUGAUUCAGGCCUGUCUCAACGCUCCCGAUCCGACCGCCAAUGAGAACGGCGUCGACGCCCCGGAGGUGCCUGCUGAGACUCCCGAAGAUGUCAGCCAUGCCAAUGUCAACCCUCAGCAGCAGAACAUGCCCCGCCCUGCAGGCAUGCACCCCGGUUACAUGACGAACGAGCAGCAGCAGCAGAUGGCCUACUAUCAGAACCUCCAGCAGCAGCAGCAAGCAGGUCAACAAUAUCCCGGUAUGCCUGUAGGCAACCGGAUGCCCCCUCAGCAUCAGCCCACCGCAUAA